AUGCGCAAUGAACAAUCAAGCCAAGAUAAGUUCUUUCAGGUCUUGAGCGCCAAAACUCAAGUCGUUGCUGGAGUCAAACACGUUUUUGAAGUGCUGUUCGGAGAGUCAUCUUGCAAGAAAGGAGAUUUCCUAGCAGCCGAGCUGACUUCAGCAAAUUGUCAAGCAAAGGAAAAUGGAAGACGAGUCAUUUACGAAGUCACUCUCUGGGAGAAGCCAUGGGAAAACUUUGAGCAAUUCAACGUGAAGAAAGUGAGAACCCUUGCUGCAGGAGAGCAGGUCUAA